AUGUCAGACCGAAAACUUAAGAUUAUUUAUACCCUCACCGAUGAAGCCCCGGCAUUAGCCACUUAUUCAUUGCUGCCUUUCAUUAAAAAAUACACUGAAGCCGCUGAUGUCGCCGUCGAGCUCAGCGACAUCUCCCUGGCAGCCCGCAUUCUGGCGGCGUUUCCAGACAAGCUUACCGAGGAACAGCGGGUCCCGGAUGCAUUGGCAGAGCUAGGUGAGCUGACCAAAGAUGAAGGCGCCAACAUCAUCAAACUGCCCAACAUCAGCGCCUCGAUACCACAGUUGAUCGAAGCUAUUGCAGAGCUCAAGUCGCAGGGUUACGACUUACCUGAUUACCCGGAAGAGCCCGCCAACGAAGAAGAAGCAGCGAUCGCCAAGCGCUAUGCCCAUGUUCUGGGCAGUUCGGUGAACCCGGUACUGCGAGAAGGCAACUCUGACCGGCGUGCACCGGAAUCCGUGAAAGCGUUUGCACGUAAACACCCUCAUUCAAUGGACAAGUGGAGCCAGGCCUCCAGCACCCACGUUGCGCACAUGCGGCAUGGCGAUUUUUAUCACAGUGAAAAAUCUGUAACGGUGGAAAAAGCAGGCAACUUGAAAAUCGAGCUGAUCAAGGAAGAUGGUAGCGUCACCGUUCUACGUGAUGCGGUGCCGGUAGAAGACGGCGAAGUGGUCGACGGCAGCUUCAUGAGCGUCGCUGCCUUGCGCGAAUUUCUUGAAGAAGAAUAUGAAGGCGCCCUGCGCGCCGACCUGCUGGCUUCUCUACACCUGAAAGCCACCAUGAUGAAAGUCUCCGACCCGAUCAUUUUUGGCCACGCGGUUGAGGUGUACUACCAGGAAGCUUUCGAUAAGCAUCGCAAAACCUUUGAAAACCUUGGCGUAAACCCGAAUCUUGGUCUGGCCAGCGUGCUCGACAAAGUGCGCGAACAGACCUUCUCUUUGCGCAACGAAAUUGAAGCUGAUCUGCGCCGUUGUCACGAAAAGCGCCCGGGACUGGCCAUGGUCGAUUCCGAUAAAGGCAUCACCAACCUGCACGUACCCAGCGACAUCAUUGUUGACGCCUCCAUGCCGGCAAUGAUUCGCGUGGGUGGCAAAAUGUGGAGCGCUGACGGUAACCUGCGUGACACCAAAGCGAUCAUUCCGGAUUCCUGUUACGCCACCAUCUAUCUGGAAGUCAUCAACUUCUGUAAACAUCACGACGCAUUUGACCCUACUACCAUGGGUACCGUGCAGAAUGUCGGCUUGAUGGCACAGAAAGCUGAAGAAUACGGCUCUCACGACAAGACCUUCGAACUACCUGCAGCCGGCACCGUGCGCGUCACGGAUGAUGCGGGCAACGUGCUGAUUGAACACACCGGCGUAGCUGAAGGUGACAUCUGGCGCAUGUGUCAGACCAAAGACGCAGCCAUUCGGGACUGGGUGAAACUCACCGUCAAUCGAAGCCGGGUUUCAGGCAUUCCAGCUGUUUUCUGGUUGAACAAACAUCGUGGCGAUAAAGAACAGCGUGGCCACGAUGCGCAGAUGAUCAAGAAAGUAGAAAAAUACCUGCAGGAACAUGACACUAAUGGUCUGGAUAUUCAGAUCAUGUCAUUGGACCUUGCCAUUCGGCACACGCUUGAGCGUGUCCGUCAUGGUGAAGAUACAAUCUCUGCCACCGGUAACGUCCUGCGGGAUUAUCUGACCGAUCUGUUCCCGAUUAUGGAACUGGGUACCAGUGCAAAAAUGUACUCUAUCGUGCCGUUAAUGGCCGGUGGCGGUUUGUAUGAAACCGGCGCUGGAGGUUCAGCACCUAAACACGUACAGCAGUUUGAAGCGGAAAACCAUCUGCGCUGGGAUUCACUUGGUGAAUUCCUGGCAUUAACUGUGUCGCUGGAAGACAUUGCUGUUAAAACAAAUAACAAGCGGGCUCAAGUACUGGCUGACGCUCUGGAUGCGGCUACUGGAAAGCUGUUGGAAAACAACAAGUCUCCUUCACGCAAGACCGGUGAGCCCGACAAUCGAGCAAGCCACUAUUAUCUGGGUAUGUACUGGGCGGAAGCAUUAGCGGCCCAGGACAAGGAUGCUGAGCUGAAGGCGCAGUUUGCGCCACUGGCUCAGAAGCUGGCUGACAAUGAAGAGCAGAUAAUCAAAGAACUGAUAGAAAUCCAGGGCGAACCUGCAGACAUUGGUGGCUACUAUCAUCCGGAUCGAGACAAAGCUGCAGCGGCCAUGUGCCCCAGUAAAACCUUAAAUGGCAUUCUGGCCAGCUGA